AGUGUGUUUUGGUUUCCUGAAUAGCAAAAAAAAAGUGUAUUUAAUUCGCAAGAAUGUCUUCAAAUAGUGAUGAAAUUGCUCUUUUGGAACGGGUUUUGUUGAGAUUGGCUUGUGCAGAUACCGAUGAACAACUCCAGAAUGCAGUUAGUAAGUUCCUGGCUCCGGUACUCCUUAAAAUCGUCUCGUCCGAUGAGGCUGUUCGACUGAAGGUAAUGGAAGUCCUCACGCAUAUCAACAAGAGACUGAAGACACGGCCACUGAUUCAGAUUCCAGUGCAGGAUAUCCUGGCACAGUAUCAAAAUACUGAUUCGUCAUUUGCAAUGAAUUUUGCCAUCAUUUACAUUACAAUGGGUUUUCCGAGAUUGUCGCCGGAACUGAAGGCUCAGCUGACGCCUCAGUUGCUGGUGGCUCUCAAGGGUAAGCCUGAAGUGCAUCAGGACAAAAUUCUGGCACUCAUUGUACCCCUGCUGGGUGACAUAAAACUCCCCGAAGGCUCAACUGCACGGAAGGAAGUUCAGGAGCUUUUGGCUCAAGAUUCCGUGAAGCUGCAGUUGAUAUCUUUCCUGCAGGAUGUUCUGCUAUUUCCCUAUGGCAUUACGCAAGACAGUGAAGUGCCCGCCGGUAUGAGUCCCUACUCUUUCCGGAGGAUUUCCGGGAACAAAUGGAGAACUGAGGAACUAGAGCUCUUUAAGACGGGCCUGGUGAAAUUUUUCUCCAGCGAUAUCCUUGCUCCUGAAGAUACAGUAGUACCACUAAUUGUAGCUUCAGCUGACACGAGAUUCAGUGUAGCCACUCCGGCAAUUGCAGAACUCAGCAAAACUUGCAUCUCCAUCGACUGGACCAAUGGAAGUCUCUCAGCGCCUCUCUACACUCUCUUCUCGGGGAACGGAGCAAAGAUUCCGGAUAAAAAAUCCUCUCCGUGCAAUGUGAGGGUGCGUCAGAAGUUGCUGCAGUAUCUUCUGAAGUGUCGUGGAAAGGGAAUUGACACGGUCAAGGGGAUUCAGGUGAUCUUCGAAGCUCUCUUUGGGGAACAAACCAAUCAGAGAUGCAAAGUCCUUGCUCUGCAAUUCUGUGAGAAUCUCACCAGAGACGGAAAUCCCGAAUUGAUCAGGAAAGUGUCCAAGGUGAUUGCCACGGGAAUUGGAAAGUUGGUCAGUGCUUCGCCACCGGAACCAUUUGACGUGCAGAAUGCUGCUUAUUCUGCAAUGUCAGUCCUCGUGAGUGUCUGUCCGGAGAUUGUGAGCAAGGAUUUGCAGCUGGUUGUCACGUACUUCACGACACUGGGAAAAGCACCAACGGAGAUUCAAGCCAGUCUCCGGGAAGCACUGAUUUCCAUGGCGCCAGCUUUCGGUUGGCGCAAAUUGGAAGAGAAUUCCGAUGCUGGAAAUCAUACUCUCCUGCUGGCUCUCAUUGCCCAGCAUUCGGAAUCUUCCAGUACCAUUGUUCAGAGUGUUUGUGUUGUCUUUCUCACCACCUGCUUCCCACCUCAACAGGUCACCUCGCGAUAUCUGCUCCUCCUGAUUGCAGGAAGCAAAGCCUCUCUACGCGAGAGUAUUUUCACCCAUUUAUACGGAUCCCCUAAGAAAGACAAUAUCGACUACAGUCGCUUGAAAGCUUUCCAGGAAAGCGAUACCCAAAGCAAUUCCUCAGUUAUCCUGCCCCAAUUUAACGAAAUGGCUAUUUACUGUGCCGAAAUGGCCAUGAAAAGGCAAGAAAAUAUCAAACAGAGAUUUGUAAGUGGCAAAAAGAUCCUGCCCUAUGAUCUGGAUACUUUUGGUGAGGUUCUGGAUUACUUGAGAGCCUGCCUCUGGGCUUCAUCGGGCUACAGCUCUCCGCCAAGUUUGAAUUUCAAUGCCCAACCGAUGAGAUCUUUUAUUUUGGGCAAUUUUGAGGUGUCGUCGGGCAUUCGGAAGUACAUCUUCCUGAUACGUCAAUUAGUGACUGUCCAGAGAGCUUUUAAUCCCCUCUGUUGCCUCUUCGAUCUGCUCCAUGCAGCUCCUGACAUUCUGUGCAGUGAGAGUGCAGAGUUGAUGCCACUUCUGGCCACUUCCCUCAAAGAUGUCACAGAGGACACGAGGACCAUUGUUGGACAACUCUAUGGGAUUCUCAUUGCUUUCAAUGUGACGGACAGACAGGCAUUCGAUGAGGAAGUUCAGGGUCUCCUGAAUACCGCAAAUAAAAGCUUGGAAGGGCAACAUGGAAGCUUGUUGGCAGCUUCCUAUGGGAUCUACAAGAGAAUCAAUAUUCUCAAGGAACAGAAAUCCACCCAAGAAGAUAUUCUACAGUGGGAAAUCCUCAGGACUGCUGUUGAUUUUCUAAUGAAGUCUCUGCAAGACAGUCAUCACAUGAUAAUUUCUGCUGCAAUCCGUGGGCUAUCUUUUAUUGGGGAUGUCACUCAGUUACCCUUGCCUGAGGAGGGUGAAACAGACUCCAAAGAGAGCUUACUCACAAGUCUCAUUGGUAUUCUCAAGAGUAACAGCAUGAAGCAGAAGUUGAGGGAAGAAGUCUGCACUUGCUUAGCAAAUCUCUCCCAUGGUGAUGCCAAAUUCUAUUCCCAGCGCAUUCUUAAGGAAUUCCUCAAGCUCAAUCGUCUCACGAAGGAUCCUGCCCUGCAUAUUGCUAUUGGGCAGUCGAUGGGGAAGAUUGUGGGUGGGGAGGAUGAUGUGGAUGUGUUCAAACAGGGUGGCGGCGGUGAGGAAAAAAUGGAGACGGAUGAGGAGGGGAAAGAUGAGGAAUUGAUAAGGUGGUUGCUCAGAGAAUUGAUUGAGUUGACAAGUGAAAUGCAUCCAUCUUCGAGGCAAGCUGUAGCAAUUUGGCUCCUGGCCACAGUUAAAGCGAGUUCCCGGGGAAAAAUUGUGAGUGGAAAUAGGGAGAUUCUUCAGCAGACUUUUACGGAAUUGCUGUCGGAAAACAAUGAACUUGUGCAGGAUGUUGCUUCACGAGGGCUUGGUGAGAUUUUCUCGUUGUCCAGUGAUGUUGAUCAGAAGGAGUUGGCCGAUGAAUUGCUGCUGCAACUUACGGGAGGCCGCAGGAAGAUGAUGCAGGUGACAGGAGAAUCGAAAAUUUUUGAAGAGGGAAUCCUUGGAAAAACUCCAACUGGAGAGAAUAUUACAACUUAUCGGGAACUGUGUUCUCUGGCAUCAGAUCUCAAUAAACCCGAUCUCAUCUAUCAAUUUAUGCAACUGGCCAAUCACAAUGCCACCUGGAAUAGCAAAUUGGGAGCAGCUUUUGGACUCAAGUCCAUUGCUGGAGUGGCCAAAGGGGAAAUGCAGCCAUUUUUGGGUAAAAUUGUUCCAAGGCUAUUUCGCUAUAAGUACGAUCCAACUCCAAAGAUUCAGAAUUCAAUGGUGAGCAUCUGGAAUUCACUGGUGUCCAAUCCGAAGGAGAUUGUGGAGCAAUUCUAUUGGGAGAUCCUACAAGAAGUUACCCAGAAUCUCACCAAUCACGAAUGGCGCACGAGAAUGUCUUGUUGCCUGGCUGUCAGGGAUCUUAUUAAGCUUCCUGGGUAUUUAAAGCUUCGCGAAGGAGAUGCAGAUACAGAGACAGAACUUGUGGAACUCUGGGCUCAACUAUUCAGGGUGAUGGAUGACAUUCAUGAGGGAACUCGUCUUGCGGCCGAAGGAACAGCUUCAGUUCUCAGUAAAGCCUGCAUUGUGGCAUCAUCUGCGGGACAUGGAAAGUCCGGAAUUCGCGUGGUUAAGAGCAUAUUGCCACUGUUCCUUGAGAAGGGUAUUACAAAUGUUGUUCCGGAAGUGAGGAAGAUCUCGAUACGUACUCUCAGUGAUAUCAUCGAUACAGCUGGAGAUUCAAUAGCCCCGCACUUGCCGCUACUGAUUCCGUGCCUGUUGCAGGCGACCGGAGAGGUGGAGACUGAGAAGCUCAGCUACAUGUCCACGAGAUUUGGCGAUCAAUCUGAUGUUCAGGAAGUUGUUGAUUCCAUGAGAGCCGAAGUGGCCAAGCAGCAUCACACAAUGGUGGCAAUUGGGAAGUGCAUCAGGUACAUUGAUACAGAUACCAUGGAGAAGAUUACUCCAGGAAUUGUGGAUCUCAUCAAGACUAGCGUCAAUCUGGGUACUAAGAUUGCCUGUGCUCACUUUAUAUGCUUGAUUUCUGUGCGUUUGGGUCAAGAGAUGACACCAUUUUCGGCUAAAUACUUGAGUGCCUGCUACCAUGGAAUAGCCGAUCGGAAUCUCACUGUCCGGAAAUACUAUGCAAGUGCUAUUGGUCAUUUGUCGGGAAUCCUGAAAGAGAGCAGCCUGGUGAAGCUCUUUACGAAACUCAAUGAUUUUUACAACGAUCGCCAGUCGUACAAAUGCCAAGCAGUGCCCUUAGUUCUGCAAUCCAUCAAUAAACGCUACCCAGAUACCCUCAAAGAUUAUGGGGGACAGGUGCUGCCUCUCAUCUUCUUUGCCAUGCACGACGAAACUGAGAAGGCAGCCAGUGAGGUGUGGAAAGAUUUGUGGAAUGAUGUAAGUCCAGGUGAAUCAGGGAUUCGCAUGCAUUUGGACAGUAUCAUACCGAAUUUACUCAAGUUCUUGGGAGAUUCCUCCUGGACACUCAAGUCUCAGAGUGGCAAUGCCAUUAAGACACUUGGGAAGCAAUUGGGAAAAUCUCUGGGGGCAAAUGAUCGAGAAACAUUGAUUAGGGCUUGUGUAGCAGGUCUGGCGGGAAGGACAUUUCAGGGGAAGGAGAAACUCCUGGAAGCUCUGGAUAAUCUCUGUGAACAUCUUGAGAAUUCGGAAGAAUUGGGAACAUUGGCAGUAGAUGCCGUGAUGAAGGAAUGCCGGAAGGAGGAACCAGUGUACCGGACGUAUAGUCUCAAGGCACUGGGAAGUAUUCUGGAUGCCCUGAAGAUUGAUCGUUUUGAGGAAGUUUACAAUAUGGUGUGGAAUAUUUUGGAGAAUUCCUCAUCAACUUCCGAUGAGGAUGCUUCGACAAUUUCUGCCGAGGAGCGCAAUAAAGCUCUCCAGGUGAAUAUUGCUCUCAAGGAGAGUGUCUGUGAGACUCUGGGGAAAGCUUGGCCGGUGAAUUCUGUGGAAACUCAGCAAAAGUAUCAAGUAUUGUUUGCUCAGAAGUGUGUAGAGUGUCUGAGUAGAAAUACCCGACCAGUCCAAGUGAGCCUAUUAGCAGCUCUUGGACGCUUUGUGGAGCGCCUCAAGAUUCUCGAUCCGCCAUCAGAGACUCCCAUGGAGAUUGAUAAUUCAGUGAAGAAAGCAAAGGUGGAUCCCAAUGCUGAUACAAUUGAGGCCAUCUGCAAGAUUGUUCUGCGUUGUGUUGGACAAUUUGCCGAGAUUCCGCAUACAGGACUCAAGAAAGAGGCUCUCAAUAUCAUCUUGAUUCUCAUCAAUCGGCUCAAGAAAGCCAACGAUACGACCAUUUUAACACUCAUCAAGGAGCACUUUGGAACAACUGUGGACUUUUUCCGGAGGGACAAUUCACCGGAAGUUAAGUGUCGUGUCACAGACAUUGAGGAUAAGCUGAGGGACAUCUAGGAAUGGGGGUUUAUGUAAACUCUUUGGAAGACACAGAAAUCAACCCAUUGCCGCUAGGAGCGCUAAGAUAGCAUUUGUCAAACCAAUGAAACUCUAGAAACAUCAUCCCAGGAAUUAAAUGAGCUCAUUCACGAAGAAUCCUCUCUAAGGACUUAAUAUGUAUCAUCUCAAGACAUAAAAUAAAUUAUUGUAAAUUCCA